AUGUUUUCCACACCGAAGCUCGACGAUUGCCACGGCGCCUGGUACGUACGAGUCAACUCGACCAACAUCAUGUCAGAGAACGGGACGAUAGUGGUCGGCAGCGUGCCAGCCAGAGACGGCCGCAUUAAGGUAGUUUUGUCCGAGUCGAAGUCGUCUUCGCUCCUCGGAGAAAAGACGGCGUGCGGCGUCAAGGACGACGUCAAGGCCGCGCCCAAGCCCGCAGUGGACACGGCCAAGCCCGACGGCGAUGUGGACGAGAUCUACUUGUCGUCGCCGCCGUCGCACCUCGGAGCCGAGGCGUGCGGCAUCAAGUCCGCCGCCGCCGAGGAGCUCGCCGCCAAGUCCGCCGCCGCCGAGGAGGACGCCGAGUCGGCCACCGAGGAGGCGACCGCCGAGGAGGCGGCCACCAAGAAGGCGACCACCGAGGAGGCCGCCGCCAAGUCCGCCACCGAGGAGGAGUCCGAGGAGGCAGCCACCGAGGAGGCCGCCGCCGAGGAGUCCGCCACUGAGGAGGCCGUCGUCGCCGAGGAGUCCGCCACUGAGGAGGCCGUCGUCGCCGAGGAGUCCGCCACCAACGUGUGGGCCGGCAAGAUCACCGGGAUGUUCUUGGAGAACGACAUCCAAGAUCUGCAGGAGAUGCUGUGCGUGUCCGACAACUCCAAGGCGGCGGCCCUCCUCGUCGAGCGCGUUUGGCAGGCGCUGGGUGUCCUCGCGCAAGCCUUCUCCUUGGAGAGCCCCUGCUACCAGGACGACGAGACACCGGCGUCGGCCAAGACGUUCCCGGAGGAGACGGCUUCGGCGGGCAUCGACGAGUGGACGACCCCCUCCCCGCUCCGCAAGAUCGAGCGCAAGGGCGAGCCCAGCCUGGUCGACUGCUCCAAGAACACCACUCCGAUGGACCCACCGACGGCCCCCAACGGCGUCACCAAAAGUGCCCCGGCUCUCACGCCGGCGGCGACCGGCGGCGCGCCGCUGCCGUCGAGCGAGGAGUUUCCGGGCGACGCCGACUGGACCGUCUCGGCCAAGGAAUUUCCGGGGGGUAUCUCCGACCGGACAACCCCGUCGAACCCGCGCCGCAAGAAGGGGCGCAAGGGCGCAUCCGCCCCGAUCGUCCGCACCAAGAACACCACCCCGGUCGGCGGCAGCAACAGGUUCGGGGCCCUGCUCGGAACGGACGGCAACGAGGGCAUCCUCGGUGGCACCGGCAAGGUGCCCCGCGGCUCCACGCCGCCGACCAGAGACUCGGGCGCGACGGUCGACGUCGAGACGACCACGGUUACCACGCCCGAGGGCUCUGCCGCCGGCCGGUUCUCGUGGCCAAAGUCCUACAACUUGCUCCGCCUCUUUGGCAUCCUCGCGCUGAUCUGCCUCGGAGCCGCGUUUGCGCACUCCUCGUACUCUGCCACUUCCGCGCUUCUCUCCUCGCAGCGGCACGACUCCCCGUGGCCGACAUCGCCUCCCGCAACCGUCGCGAAGCCGUUCACGCCGGCAUCGCCCAACGGCUUCUGCGAGGUUGGCGGCAACGACACCAGCUCGUUUGCAGCCAUCGUGUCAUCGGACAGCGCGCCCGCCAACCACCCGGGCGGGCACGAGGACGGGAGCUCGUGGGGAGCACUGAUGGAAGCGAUCAAAGAGGCGGUGGGCGAGCCGUUGCACCUGAUUGGCGAGCCGCCGGCGUCCGUCAAGGACUUUUACGAGAAGCAGCCGGGCGGGGCCGACUUGGAGACCGUCCCGGCCUCGCGCAACAGCAUGGAGCGCAAGGGCGAGCCUGAGAUCGACCUCGUCGGUCCCGUCUACAGCAGCAGAUCGGGGAUCAUCGUUCGCGAAACCGUCCUGCCCGUGAACGGCACGGAGAUGCGGUCCGCCGACGCUGGGAACACGCCCGAGAAGCUGGUUGAGACUGGCCUCGGCGCGCCCGUCUCUAGCAUGCACGCCGGCGGCGAGUGGCGGGUGAACAGAUUGGCGACCGCUUCUCCAGCCACAACCAAGGAUCUCUUCCUCCAGCUUGGCCGGGCCAUCGGCCCUCUUCUCGCGGAGCCGGCAUGGCCUGCAGAGGUCCGUGCCGCUCAGAUCUCCGAUUCGAACUCGGUCCAGUCCGAUAUCUCCUCCGUCUCACGUGUGUGCGCCGACCGGCAGCCACGCUGCGCCGCCCCCGUUGCGUGGCAUGCGGAGCCUCACCACGCACUCACCGACGAGCGCUCCAAGACCGACAAGCCGCCCGCGAACCCGCCGGUCGACAAGCUGCUCUCCAUCGACCUGCCCUGCCCGUUCCACUUUCCCUUCAUGAGCGGACCCUCCUCUUCCGCGCCUGUCCGCACCCAGCAGCGCUGUCAGUUUUGGGCCGCCUUGUUCUUGCUGCUCGGAGCGUGCGGCGGCGUGCUGCUCUCGGUGCGGAGGAGCAGCUCGGGGCGCCUCGUGCGGUGCCGGACGGGGGCGAGGCGUGGCGCGUGGCUGCUGAUUCUCGCCGCGCUGCUCCCGCUGGCAUGUGCACCAUCAGACCACACGUCUGGCUCGGGCGACUUCCAGGUCACUGUGGGUGGCGGCAGCUACCCGUCCGAGGUGUCGUGGGACCUGACGUGCAGCGGCGCGUUGAUCGGCAGUGGAGGGGCCCCCUACUCCGGCACCCUGUCCGCGCCGCCCGGCGAGUGCACGCUCGACAUGUACGACUCGUGGGGCGACGGCUGGAACGGCAACGAGUGGGAGGGUGCGGGCUAUACGUUCACGCUCGGCUCCGGAUCCUACGGCAGCGAGACAGCUUGCCGCACUCCAGCAGCGCCGCACGGCAGCGGGGCGGGAGAUGGAGAGGGCCACGGCUUGCCUCACCCCGCUCUCUCCUCGCAACCGCAGCACGGCGGCGUCGUCUACGCGUCUCGCAGCGGUGCGGUCUCGAUAAUCGGCUCGGAUGUGUCGGACUGCUCUGCUGAUAACGGCGGCGUCGUCUACGCGUGGAGCAGCGGUACGGUCUCGAUAAUCGGCUCGACCGUGUCGGGCUGCUCGGCUGGCUUGUACGGCGGCGUCGUCAGGGCGACGAGCAGCGAAUCCCUCUCCAUCGCGGGUGUCGACUUUAUUGACAACAGCGCAGAUACCUCAGGCUCGGUGCUGUACCUGGACAAAACCCACCCCUCGAUCAGCGCCGCCUCCUUCACCGGCAACACCGCUGGCGACGACAACGACGGUGCCACGAUACAGACCGACAAGCCGAUAGACUGGGACUGCCGCUUGGGCAGCUGGAUGCCGCGCAAGGGCUCCUUUUUUGGCGACUUCAGC